AUGGCUUCUGAAGCCUACCUGCGCCCCCCUCACCCUAGGAGGCCACCUGCUCAGCGCUCCGUCUCUCUCAGACACACUUCAGGCCCCUCGCCGGACUCGAAGAACAGCAAGAGCACUCAGACCGAAGCCUCCAGCGGCUCGCCUUCGAGUAACAAGCCUAACGUGAGCAAGGCCGACUCUGGUGAGAGCAGUAACGCCGACAAGUGGUUCGAUGGCGCCAACAACAACGCCGAUGGCAACAACAGCACCGUCAUCGACAAUGAUCCUCCAUUCUUCCUCCAACACUCGUCUUCGGAAGAGACUCCGAACUAUGGAGGACCGGGCGCAAUGCUCGAUUCACACAUCCCCAUGCAUGCUCUGAUGCAAAAGAAUGAUACCGAGGAUAGCGGUAGCUCGGACUUCCGCGCCGUCAUCGAUGACCUUACUGUCCAGAACAAAAAGCUCAAGAGACGUCUGAAGAAGUACGAGAAGUUGCACGACGCACAUUUGAAGGAUGAGAAACUGUUCGAGGUCCGCGUCCACGGUCUGUCGUCGGCUAAGAGGCGCGAACUGGAAGACAUCCUGCGCAACUUUGCUGUCAACGUCGCUGGUCAGGCAAACGCUGGUCCUACUUCGCAGAGCAGCAACCUCUACGACCGCGGUGUUCCUACUCUCAAGACCCAUAAGACGGCCUCAUCGUCGUCCAACUUCGCCGACUCUGCCUAUGCUUCCAAUUCAGCUUCUGCCUCCGCCUCUGGCACUUCUAACUCUAACAGCGGCCAGCAAAGUAGACACCCAUAUCGUCGUUCGAGCAAGACUCGUACCAACAACAUCCAGACAUAUCUCCACGAUAUCCCCGAAGGUUUAUUGCCGCAACAUCCUGCAGUCAUGACUGAGUACUCAAAGAAGAAGCUCGUUGUCCGUCGUCUCGAGCAAAUCUUUGCUGGAACUGGUGCUGGCAUGGGCGACCACCAUCACCCUAUGCAGCAACAAGAGGUUUCGCAGAUGGCCGCGAGGGCUGAUAGAAGUGCUCUGGAAGCUACCGGUCAAACUGCCAAGACUGAGGGCACUAGAGAAGCUCCUAUCAUGAAGGAUGAUGAAGACCGAAGCGCCGAAGAAGCCAGCGGACCCGAGGUUACCCAAGGAGCCGAUGGCAAUUCAAAUGUUGUCGAAAAAGAUUUUGCAGGUCUCUCGCCUCAGCAGCGACCUACGAGACCUCUGGACCUCGAUCCUCAUCGCGCUCAGAACCCUCGUGAUAACUUCCAAUAUAUCCGUCAUCUUGGUUUCUCACCACCCGAGCCUAGCACUAUGCAGGCUCAUGAAGAAGGCCAUGGCUGGAUCUAUUUGAAUUUCCUUUUCAACAUGGCUCAGCUUCAUACCCUGAACGUCACUCCCGAAUUCGCCAAGAAGGCUUUGCUUGACUUCAGCACAAAGUUCGAGCUUUCUGAAGACGGUCGCAAGGUUCGCUGGAAGGGCGGCAAAACCAUCACAAGAUCGGCUAGCGAUACUGAUGGAAGCUCGCCGUCAACUUAUGGAAACUCUCCUAACGGCACAAGUCCUCAGAAGCGCUCGAAAUCUUCUCACCACAAAGCUGGCGCAAAAUCUGCAAAACGUAGAUUGUUGCAGCAGCAAGACAGCAAGUUCACUUACACUCCUCUCUUUUUCCACCGCAGUAGCGAAGAUGAUAGCGAUCUUUCGUCCGAAGAAGAUGAAACUGAGUCUCAGUUUUUGGCUCCUCCAGGCGGCGACUCCUCCGCCAUGACUAGCUCUGGUAUUCGCACUGUUUCGUUGAGACAGAAGAAGAAGACUGACAAUGGUCCCAUCAUUUUCUACAACAAUGCCAAAUUCUGCACUGACCUUAGUGGCGAGCCGAAGACAGAAGCCGCCAUGAUGUACAACCCUAUUUUGUACCACACGACGACCGAGCACGCACUCGGUGUCCCAAGGCCCUCUGAAGCAAGUCAACAAGACAUCAUGGAAUCUCGCGGUCCUCUUGACGAGGCCCAGGAUCUUCCCGAGGCCAUGAGUUUGGACGACAACCCGAUCCCCGAAGCUCUCGAGCUCAACUUCCCCAGUACCUCUCCCCUCUCUGACGCGAGUGGAGCAUCUGGACCGGCAAGAGACCAGAUCGAGUUAGAGGUCUCAGGAAUUGGUGGCAUUUAUCCCUCUGACAACUUCUCCGUCAACGUCAAGAUGGAGCGCAAGCGCAACCCUACCUCUGCGGCUCCACCUGUACAGCCAAAGUCGUACUCUCCUAAGAUUGCCGGACUUCUCAAGGAGAACAAGCAGCAACCAGCAGUUUUCACGGAAGAAGUCGUAGGCACUUUCCACCAGGAGUUGCCUCCUUCCGAGCUUCCACCUGCCUCCUGCUUCAUGGACAUCGAUGAGUAUGAUGACGAUGAGUCCGAGUUCGAAGAUUACCAUUCAAUGAUUCCUGAUGUUGAUCGUGUUCAUGACGUUCCAGCCACCGCACCACAAACCAUCGACAUGGCAUACAUGAGCAGCGAUGAGAGUGAUGAUGAGGACGACGAAGAAGGAGACAAAGACGACGAUGCCGCAUCCGAUGGCUCUCUCGAUCUGCUUGCGACUGCUCGCGAGCUCGACCCCCAGUCGAUUCAGGCACGCGAGCGUGAGUAUGACGCUCACAUGGCCGAGAGACUUGCAGAAGAGAUUCCUGCUGGUAGCUCUGCCGCUACUGCAGGAGGUGGCAGUGGGUUUGCUAGCCCAGCUGCCGGCAUUAGCAGAAAAGACUACGAGGACGCACGCGCGGAGCAUGCUAUGCGCCACGCAUCCACCAUCACAUCCGUGGCGUCGUUCAACAGAACAGACACCAAUGGUUCAAUGGUCGUCAAUGGCAAGUCGCCUUGA